ACAUUCUCAAUUGCCUCUUGAUUUUUAAACCAAAAAAUUCUAUAAUUGUAUAUAGUUAUUAUAUUAUAAAAUAAAAUAAAUAGAAGUCAAAAAAUCUUGUAAAUUCUAUAAUCCAAACAUAUAGCAAAAUGUCUUCAUUAGUUUGAUGUUCCUCGCGGAAAAUUGUCAUGUUUAUAAGUGAUAAAUGUAAAUAUUAUAUUAUGAAUGUUUAUUUGGAGCAAUUCGGCCUAUUGGAGAUUUUUAGACCAUUAACAUCUAGGCUUGAGUAAAGUACAUUUGGAUCUAGUUCUUCAAUUCUUUGCCAUGGAUCUUGCGAAGGAUUACGACGAUACUACUGAUUAUAAUGAACUGUUUCUUGCAGUCCAUAAUGGGGACUUAAAUCUUGUUCACUCUCUGUUCGCUAAAUAUUCGUCGACGGAAACGAUACGAGGAAGGACAUUGCUGCAUGUGGCGGCUGCAAGAGGACAUACGGAAAUAGCAAAAUUGUUCACCACCAAGCGAGACGAAGCAGGAAACACUCCACUGCAUCUGUCGAUAAUGAGGAAUCAACCUGAGGUAUUCAACCUUCUCUUAGACGAGACUAACUUGAACGCUAGAAAUCUUAAGGACGAAAGGCCUCUUCACUAUGCAGCUUUGUAUAAUCACUCUGAAUUUGCAAAGACACUUCUAGAUAAUGGCGCCUCUAUUGAGGUAAAAGAUAAAGAGGGAAAAACGCCACUUUAUGUUGCAUUGGCCAAAGGAAACGUUCAAAUGUCAGAAAUCCUUUUUAAACACGGUGCAGUUUUGACUGACAACGAUUUGAUAUACAUGGGACCUCUUCGUUCCGCAGUUAAGGAAGGAAAUUAUGAAAUGGUAAAGCUGCUCAUGGCGAACGGAUGUCGCACAGUCGAUAUUCCAAUAUUUGAUGAUUCUGCUCUUACACUCGCGGUAUCUUGUGGUCAUUUGGAAAUUCUAGAAUACCUCAUGAAAAAUGGCGUGAAAAGCAGUGAAACGUUUAAUAAGGACAAACUCCGCUUGUUUCAAUCAAGUAUAAAGAAUAAACACAUGAAUAUUUUUAAAUACUUAGUGGACGUAGGUUUGAAAACAGAAAGACUGGCUGAUGUAUUAUAUGAUACAAUUACCUACAAACACUACGACCUAUUUGUAUAUAUAUUAACAUGUUUGACAAAAAUUUUUGCAAAAACGCAUUUUAAGGAGAAGCAGCUUCAUUUUUCUAUCCGAAUGGGUCAAGUGGAAACUAUCAAAGCAACUGUCCAGGAACCUACAAAUCAGUAUCAAUCGAACGAUUUCGCUAAAAAAUUGGCAGUUUACAUCGCCGCUGAAAUUGGCAAUGAAGAAAUAUUAGAAACUCUAUUAAACGCCGGUUAUCCUGUCAAUAGUUUAUUUACGAUAAUAAGUCCCCUUCACGUUGCAGCAACAUUCGAGCAUCCGAGAUUAGUAAAGCUUCUCCUAAAAGCUGGAGCUGACGUUAAUUUGCAAACUGAACAUGGUCUCACUCCAUUGCAUUUUGCAGUAACCUCAGGAAAGCCAGCUGUUGUAAAAUAUCUCCUAGAAAACGGUGCUGAUCCCACUCUCACCUGUAAUUGCAGCGAAACACCAUUAGCAAUGGCCAUGGUCAUGUUUUCAUCAAAUCAUUUUCCCACAAGCAUUCCUGUUUUCAGGUUUGAGAGGUUGGCCGAAAUAACGGAGAUGUUAAUUCGUUAUUUAGAAACCGAUUCUAUUGAGAGUUUAUAUUUGCUGGCAGCUGGAAUUAAAGUGUUAAAUAUCAGUAAUUCAGAAUCAAAUGGACUAAUUUAUAAUGAUGAAGAUUCUGUAUUUCGUCCUGAAAUUGUCAAAUGUCUGUCUGGUUAUCUAAGUGAUGAAGCAUUGCAAAUUUUUUCGGAGCAAGUUCUAAAUGACUCUAUUUCAUUCGGCCAUUCACCAGAAUUGCUACAACUUAUGAUGGAUUACAACAAUUCCAAAUCAUGCUGUACUAUGGAAGUUUAUGAUACGGAUGCAAGUCGCAAGUGCAAAUUAAUUGUAAUUUGCUACUCUAAAAACAUUAGUCGUCUUUUGUGUAUUCAAAAUUUCUCUUUUGAAGGUGAUGAUGAUGAUUACCACGUCUCAGAGGAGAAAAUAGCAUUUUUUAAGUUGAUUGUCGCGCGUUUAGUUUUGUUGACCGAAGACAAUCAUCAAGGUGUGUUAGAGUAUUCCACAAACAAUGAUCUUAAUGAUUGGCGAGAAAAGUGUUUAGAGGAGAAAAAGGUCUUGAAAAAGACGAAAAUUAAUAAAAAUAUGAUCGUUACUUUCUAUGAUGUACUAACGAAAUCAACUAAUGAGGUUGCAAUGUACACGAGCAACUGUGACUUUUUAAAAGCAAUCGAAUCUUCUGAUACAAAGUUUCCGAUCUACGCUGAUUUCUUGAAGACAAAUGUCGAAAUAGCAGAAAAAAGAAAAGAGUUCAUUAACGAGUGCAAUAACUUAAUGUUCAAUUUGAUAAAAAAAUCUCAUAAAAUUCGAAUUUCUCGAGCUGAUAUGGUUCAUAUAUUUCAAUAUCUCACAAUUGUAGAUUUACAAAGGUUCUCAGCAGCUUCUUGGAAUACAAAUCUUCUAUUCGUUGUCAUGGAUCGUACGAAUGAUUACAACGACAUUUCUGAGUACAAUGACCUGUUUCUCGCAGUCCACAAUGGAGACUUAAAUCUCGUUCAUUCUCUGCUCGAGAAAUAUUCGGCAACGGAAACGAUACGUGGCAGGACAUUGCUGCAUGUGGCGGCUGCAAGAGGAUAUGCAGCGAUUGCAAAACUAUUCCUCCCUAAGCAAGACGAAAUUAGAGACACACCUCUGCAUCUGGCGAUUAGGGAAAACCAUCCUGAGGUAUUCAAACUUCUUUUAGGGGAAAUUAACCUGAAUGCAAAAAAUUGCUUUGGCCAAAAUCCACUUCACUAUGCAGCUUUGUAUAAUCGUCCUAAAUUUACAAAGAUACUUAUAAAUAAUGGCGCCAUUAUUGACGUUACUGAUCAUAAUUCACAAACGCCACUUAAUGUUGCCGUGGAGAAAGGAAACGUUAAAGUAGCAGAAGUUCUUUUUGAACGUGGUGCUGUUUUAAGUGACAACGAUUUAAAAUGUGAGGCGUCUCUUCGUUCCGCAGUUGGGAAAGGAAAUUUGGAAAUGGUAAAGUUGCUCAUGGCGAACGGAUGUAACAAAGUCGAUGUUCCAAAUGAUGAUAACAUUUAUUCAAAAUCUUCUCUUAAACUCGCAGUAUCGUCCGGUCGUAUGGACAUUUUAGAAUAUCUCUUGAAGAAUGGGGUAACAAACAGCGCUACAGUUAAUGCGGAUGAAUCACGUUUAUUUUCGGCAAUUAUUACGGGUUGCGGUAGUUUAACUACUUUAAAAUGUUUAGUCGACCUUAGUUUUAAGACGGAAGAAGCAGAUUUUAUAUUUUAUUGUUCAAUGAUUCAAAAUUUUCAUGACGUGUGGCGAUAUAUAUUGACAUGUUUCUCGAAAAUUAAUGCAAAAACGUAUUUUAAAGAGAAGCAGCUUCAUUUUUCAAUUCGAAUGGGCCAAGUGGAAUCUGUUACAGCAAUCGUAAACGAACCAGCAAGUGAAUAUAAAUCGGACCCUUUUGCUAAAAAAUUGGCCGUUUACAUUGCUGCUGAAAGUGGCAAUGAAGAAAUAUUAGAAACUCUAUUAAACGCUGGUUAUCCCUUUGACAGUCUAUUUGAAUUUACAAGUCCUCUUCACAUUGCAGCAACAUUCGAGCACCCGAGAUUAGUAAAGCUUCUCUUGAAAGCUGAAGUUGAUGUUAAUUUGCAAACUGAGCAUGGUCUCACUCCUUUACAUUUCGCAGCAUGUGCAGGGCAGUCAGCAGUAGUGAAAUGCCUCCUUAAAAAUGGUGCUGAUCCCUUCAUAUCCAGUUCGUUCAGCGGAUCAGCAUUAGAAACGGCCUUGAAGUUAUUUUCACCCUCGUUUUCUUGCAGACCUAUUUCUCCAUUAGUGUUUGAGGGUUUGGUAAAAGUGACGGAGUCACUAAUUCGGUAUUCAAAACCUGAAAAUAUUAAAAUCCUAGUUCCAGAAGCAGUUAGAAUAAGAGUUUCAAGUAUCAAUAAUUCAAAUCCAAAGUCAAAUGUACUACCAUCGGCCGUAUGUGAUUCUGAAUUUCGUCCUGAAAUCGUUAGAUGCCUUUUUAAUUAUCUAAGCGAUGAAUUAGUUGAAUAUUCUUCGGAAGAAAUGUUAAAUAAUCCGUUUCCAAUAGGACAUGCGAAAGAAUUGUUACAUCUUCUGAUAGAUUAUAAUGAUUCCAACUGGUGUUUUCGAAUCAGCAUAAGUGAAAAUGAGAUCAAUUACAAGUGCCAAUUGCUCCUAACUAGUUACUCUAGAAACAUUGAUGGUCUUUUAAAUACUGCAAGGUCAAUUAUCUCGAAUGAGGAUUGUGAUGGAUACAAUAAGGCACACAUGGAGGGUAAACCAGAGUUUAUAAAAUUAAUAGUAGCGAGGUUAGUGUUGUUAACUGCUAAUUGUUAUCUGCCUUUAAUUGCAUUUUGUUUAAAGAAUGAUUUUAAUGAUUGGCGAGAUAUGUGUGCAAAGGAGAAAAGGAUAAUGCAAAGGACGAAAGUUAGUAAAAAUCUUAAAUUCACUUUCCAUGAUGUAUUAACUAAAUCAAUUGAUAAAGUUGCGAUGUACACGAACAACAAUGAUUUCUUAAAAGCAAUCGAAUAUUCUAAUACAAAAUUUCCGAUAUAUGCUGAUUUUUUGAAAUCAAUUCUCGAAAUAGCAGAAAGAAGAAGAAAUUUCAUCAACGAUUGUGCUAGUUUAAUGUUUGAUUUGGUUCAAAACCGUCAUAGAAUUCGAAUUUCAAGAGCUGAAAUCAAUCAGAUUUUCAAAUAUCUGUCAAUUGUAGAUUUGAAAAGAUUUUCAGCAGCCUGUUCCUAAAAUGUAAUUUUAUUAUAGGCACAUUUAAGGCAAAGAGUAAUUUUUGUGUAUAAUUU